UGACCGAGAUAGGGAAAGUUAUACAAGCUUGCUUUUUGGGUUUUCUCGUGAUGGGCGAACUCAAGAAGCAACGAGACUCUUCUUGAAUAUCCAUCGUUUGGGGAUGGAGAUGGACUGCUCAAUCUUUUCCUCUGUUUUAAAGGUUUCUGCUACUUUGUGUGAUGAGCUUUUUGGUAGACAGUUGCAUUGUCAGUGUAUAAAGUUUGGGUUUUUAGAUGAUGUGAGUGUGGGAACAUCGCUGGUUGAUACUUAUAUGAAAGGUAGUAACUUUAAGGAUGGAAGGAAUGUUUUUGAUGAAAUGAAAGAGAGGAAUGUUGUUACUUGGACUACGUUGAUAAGCGGGUAUGCAAGGAAUUCGUUGAAUGAGGAAGUUUUGACAUUGUUUAUGAGAAUGCAGAACGAAGGGACUCAGCCGAACUCGUUUACUUUUGCAGCUGCUCUUGGAGUUUUGGCUGAAGAAGGAGUGGGUGGGAGGGGACUUCAGGUACACACAGUUGUUGUAAAGAACGGUUUAGAUAAAACGAUUCCGGUUUCUAAUUCUCUGAUUAAUCUGUAUCUCAAGUGUGGGAAUGUUAGGAAAGCUAGAAUUUUGUUUGAUAAAACGGAAGUAAAGAGUGUGGUUACUUGGAAUAGUAUAAUUUCGGGAUAUGCAGCUAACGGGCUUGAUUUAGAAGCUUUGGGAAUGUUUUACUCUAUGCGGCUUAAUCAUGUGCGGUUAUCUGAAUCGAGUUUUGCCUCCAUUAUCAAGCUGUGUGCUAACCUUAAAGAACUGAGGUUUACGGAACAGCUGCAUUGCAGUGUUGUAAAAUACGGGUUUGUGUUUGAUCAAAAUAUAAGGACGGCUCUAAUGGUAGCGUACAGUAAAUGUAUGGCGAUGCUUGAUGCUCUUAGGCUGUUCAAAGAGACGGGAUUCCUCGGGAAUGUUGUGUCGUGGACAGCGAUGAUUAGUGGUUUCUUGCAGAAUAAUGGGAAAGAGGAAGCAGUGGAUUUAUUUUCGGAAAUGAAGAGGAAAGGUGUUAGACCAAACGAAUUCACUUAUUCUGUCAUUCUCACAGCUCUUCCUGCAAUUUCUCCAUCAGAGGUCCACGCACAGGUUGUAAAGACUAACUACGAGAGAUCUUCAACCGUUGGAACCGCUCUUCUAGAUGCUUAUGUGAAGUUAGGUAAAGUAGAUGAGGCUGCAGAAGUUUUUCGCGGUAUUGAUAAUAAAGACAUUGUGACUUGGUCAGCGAUGCUUGCAGGAUAUGCUCAGGCUGGGGAGACAGAGGCAGCUAUAAAUAUAUUUAGCGAGCUCACAAAAGGAGGGGUAAAACCGAACGAGUUCACAUUUUCUAGCAUCCUUAACGUGUGUGCGGCUACCACCGCGUCUAUGGGACAGGGAAAGCAAUUCCACGGGUUCGCUAUAAAAUCAAGACUCGAUAGCUCUCUGUGUGUUAGUAGUGCUCUUCUAACCAUGUAUGCAAAGAAAGGCCACAUUGAGAGUGCGGAAGAAGUCUUUAAAAGGCAGAGAGAGAAAGAUCUGGUAUCAUGGAAUUCGAUGAUCUCUGGGUAUGCACAACACGGGCAAGCUAUGAAGGCUCUCGAUGUUUUCAAGGAGAUGAAGAAGAGAAAGGUGAAAAUGGAUAGCGUAACAUUCAUCGGAGUAUUUGCUGCUUGUACACAUGCAGGGUUAGUAGAAGAAGGCGAAAAGUAUUUUGAUAUAAUGGUGAGAGACUGCAAGAUUGCACCUACAAAGGAGCAUAAUAGUUGUAUGGUGGAUUUAUACAGCCGAGCCGGGAAACUUGAAAAGGCUAUGAAGGUCAUAGACAACAUGCCAAACCUGGCUGGUUCCACCAUUUGGAGAACAAUUCUAGCUGCAUGCCGAGUGCACAAGAAAACAGAGCUAGGGAGAUUAGCUGCAGAGAAGAUCAUUGCGAUGAAACCUGAGGAUUCAGCUGCAUACGUGUUGUUGUCUAACAUGUAUGCAGAGUCGGGAGAUUGGCAAGAGAGGGCCAAAGUAAGGAAGCUGAUGAAUGAGAGAAACGUGAAGAAAGAACCUGGUUACAGUUGGAUUGAGGUCAAGAACAAGACUUACGCAUUCUUGGCUGGUGAUCGGUCUCAUCCUCUCAAAGAUCAGAUCUAUAUGAAGCUGGAAGAUUUAAGUACACGGCUGAAGGAUUUAGGGUAUGAGCCGGAUACUAGUUAUGUGCUGCAAGACAUUGAUGAUGAGCAUAAAGAAGCUGUUCUUGCUCAACAUAGUGAGAGAUUAGCUAUUGCUUUCGGGUUGAUCGCUACACCAAAGGGAAGCCCUCUUUUGAUCAUUAAGAACCUUAGGGUUUGUGGAGAUUGUCAUGUAGUUAUCAAAUUAAUUGCAAAGAUUGAAGAAAGAGAGAUCGUAGUUAGAGAUUCAAAUCGGUUUCAUCACUUUAGCAGUGAUGGAGUUUGCUCAUGUGGAGACUUUUGGUGAUUAGAAAUCAUUGUUCAGAACAUUUUUUUACACAUUUCGAGAAAUAAAGCAAAUUCAAUGUU